AUGAUUCUCACGGGCAAUAUUUGCGUAGAUCCGUACAACAUGGAAUCAGCUGGGAAUACUGUGUUUAGCAAGGAGAAUGACUCACAAAAGCUGAGAGAAAUGGUCUCAAGGCUUGCAAGAGCGGCUAAGCAAGACGGAGCUUUAGCUGUUGCUCAGGUGUCCAAUGCAGGUCGACAGACCCCAGAACCAGUGAAUGCACAUCCGUUCUCGUGCUCCGAUAUUCAACUGAAAGUGAAGCGACGUUUUAUGGGUUUCGGAAAGCCGAUUGCGCUCAGUGAGACACAAAUCAAGACUGAAGUCGUAGAUCGAUUUGUGUACGCGGCGAAAUUCGCUCACGAUCAUGGAUUUGAUGGAGUUCAAAUUCAUGCUGCUCACGGAUAUCUUUUGUCAUCCUUCUUGUCACCGACGACAAAUAAUCGUACAGAUAAGUAUGGCGGAUCUGUCGAGAAUAGGAUGCGAGUGAUUCUAGAGAUUUUUGAAGGAAUCAAGAAAGCGAUUGACAGUUCUUCAGGCUUCCUAGUGGGCAUCAAGAUAAACUCAGUAGAAUUCCAAGAUCGAGGUCUGGGUUUGGAGGAUGCUAAAGUCAUGUGUGGAAUUGUAGAGAAGAGUGGCUUCGAUUUUGUGGAGUUGUCCGGUGGAACGGCAGAACGACCAGCAUUUCAGCACAUGCGUGAUUCGACUAGGAAACGUGAAGCGUUCUUCCUGGAAUUCGCUGAAAAGAUUCGUCCAGUUUUCAAGGAGACAGUUGUUUACCUGACAGGUGGCUUCAGAACCGCACCUGCUAUGGUUAAUGCUGUCCUUGAUGGAACAACCGAUGGCAUAGGAAUAGGAAGACCAACUACAGCGGAGCCUGAUUUACCAGCUAAAAUCCUUCGCGGUGAAUGUUUAUCGGCUCCCAAUGCAAUACCGAACCAGGAUGACUACAUGCUCACUUCAACGGUUAGUAAUAUGCAAAUGGGACAAAUGGGUAAACGGCCUUUCGCUGAAUCGAAAAGGUCAGUUUUACUCAACUAA